CCUCAGCAGCAUGUCGGGCCGGUCGGUGCGGGCCGAGACCCGCAGCCGGGCCAAGGAUGAUAUCAAGCGGGUGAUGGCGGCCAUCGAGAAAGUGCGCAAAUGGGAGAAGAAAUGGGUGACAGUUGGUGACACAUCCCUCAGGAUUUACAAAUGGGUACCAGUAACAGAGCCCAAAGUAGAUGAUAAAGCCAAGAACAAGAAAAAGGGUAAAGAUGAAAAGUGUGGUUCUGAGGUUACUACUCCAGAGAACAGCUCUUCUCCUGGGAUGAUGGAUAUGCAUGAUGACAAUAGCAACCAGAGUUCAAUAGCUGAUGCUUCACCGAUAAAGCAGGAGAACAGCAGCAACUCAAGCCCUGCGCCGGAGCAGAACUCGACGGGGCAGGCAGAUGGCCCCGGAACAAAGCCUGACGAUCCUCAAGGAGAUGCAAAAGAGGAGCCUGGUUCAGAAGAUGCUUCUGAUGAACAGAAUUCACAGUCGUCAAUGGAUAAUUCCAUGAAUAGUUCAGAGAAAGUGGAAACUGAGCCUUCAGCGGAAAAUGACAUAACCACAGAGACAUCUAAAAACUCUCAGGACUCUGAAGGGGUGCCACCGUCUAAAAAGAUGAAAGUAGAAGCUCCCUCUCAACAAAACAUAGACGAAAUAUGAACUCUAGAUCCUUUCUGGCCAGUUUUUAUGUAAGGUACAUCAGUGGGAUAAAUUAUAGAACAACUGUACUUAAGUAUCUUCUCUUGGAUGAGGACACAACUCCUACAAACUUUUCAAGUUACCACACAAAAAUCCAAGAAAACCAAGCAAACGUUUAAUCUCUGCAGACACUGAAAACUUUUUUUCCCCUGUGAAGCAAAACAUUGAGAAUUUAAGUUACUAUCUCUGAAAUGGUUGGAUUAAACAACUCAGGAGGGGUCUACGCACUGUUUCUAAUGUCAAAAUUACAAUUAUGUUGCUGCUGUAUUUUUUUCCAUUCUCUAUUUAACAUUAUAAGAUAUUUAAGGAUGGUACAGGUCAGGUAUUCUCUUCUCAUGUGAAGUUCAUUGUUCUGAUGUGAUGUCUGCUUUCUUGUUUUUGUUUUCUUGUGCCUUGUGUUUCAAAACAAAAGCAAACCAGUGCUUAAUUUUUUAAACCUGUUUUUGCAACUGUCUCCAUUGCAAAGUGGCCUGUUCGUACAAUGCCGCUUAGGAAGCUUUUAGGCUCUGUUUUUUUUCCUAUUUUAUACCCUGGUGCUUUACUGUUCUAACAUAGAGAUAACGUGACAGAAAUCAGGAAGCCAUUUUCACUGUUGGAGGCCAGCGAGAACCAUAUGGUUGAUGCUUGAUUUUCCUGAAGCUACAGGGAUGAGUUCUUGUUCAGUGCCCUGUAUUUGAGCCGCCAAGAAGUCCUCCUGUGCAACCUCCAUGGAAAAGUCUGCACAAAAACAUGGCUUGCUUUGGAGAAUUUCUUGGGGGAAUGCAUCCUUUGGGCUGUAUAAUGUAGUCUUUUCAAACUGAUAUAUCUGAGGCAAACAUGCUCUGCUGUUUGCUUAAAGUAGUGCUGAUUUGGAUAAGUAUUGAGGCAAAUUAUGCAUUUUUAAGUACUAGAUCUAGUUAUCUGCAUCUGAGCCUUUUCUUAAAGGUAGUCCCAUUAUAAACACAGUUUUAAAUGGGCAUUUGGAUGAUGGGAGAUGUAGUUUUGAAUAGAUAUAUUCUUAAAUCAUUCUUAACUGGAUUUCAUUAUACUGUUAUUUAACAAGAUGUUUACGGAUGCAUAUUCCAGGCUAUGCUGUACCCGAAGCUUGUUUUUGUUUCAAGAGGAGCUUGUAAAUAGCUUUGUUCCUUCCAUAAUCCCUCCUUCAGACAUCUAUGUUUAUGGAAAGUUCUGUUUUAUUUCUUGGAUGCAUCACUCGGUAAUAGAGGCUGCGUGCAAACGUCAUCCGUGUUAGGGGCAGUUGGAAGUGCAGGGCCACGUGCAAACAUUGGGUGCUUAAUUCCCAUCCUGUUGUUCUCAGUGGGGCUUAGUUGUGACUAGAGCUUGCUGGAUUGUGCUCAGUAUUUUGCACAUAUAAGUAGGUGUUGACCUCAUACAGUUACCUUUGAAAGCUGGGGAAGUUACAAGCUGAGUCUUGUGACGACGGAACUACAACCUGCCACCACAAAAUGGUUAUGCCUAGUUUGUAAUGGAAGUACUGGGUGACCUCUUAAAAUAAAUAGCUUCCAGACUGAGCACUUUGCAUAACUGUCACUUACUAAGCUUUAUUUCUGCUUUCUCCAAUGGUGAAAUGGCUUUGAGUUUUGACUACUGUAUUGCAUUUACAAUUAUGGGAAAGGUGGGAAGGGGGUGGAGGAGCCAGUUUUGACCUUCCAUCAACUGCUUAUGGAGGUGUUAAACCGUAAAGAAAGCGCCCGUACGCACGUUUGAGAAUAUUGUCUCUUCUUACGUUGAAAUAAACAUUUUGCAUCACAUCAAAA